AUGAGCUGGAUCCGAAACUGCUGUCAUUGGCUGUUUGGCUCAGAUCAUAAAAAAAAGCAGCUAGAUUCUAUUGUCCUUCCUGAAGCAUCAAGCGAAAAUAUGGACCAAGACGCUCCAGAAAAGCUUCUUAAAGGACUUGAUAGUCAUAAGACCCAAAAAGGAGAUUUUCCAGAAGAGGAUGAAUGAAAUUACGGCAUAAAAGACGAAGAAUCAGAAUGAAAAGAAUUAUUCCACCCAGGAAAGCAUCAAUCUCCUAUCAAUAUAGACUCUGGGUCAAUUAUUAAUGCCUCAAAUAUUUUAAAAGAAAAUUUCUACCCUCUUGAAUUUCACUAUUCUCCUCACAUAAAAAAAGGAAAAUUUAAUUCUAAAACUCUUCAUAUCAAAGGAGACUUUGGAGGCUUAUCAUUGAAAUCUCCUAACAAUAAAGAGCCUCGAAAAUUCAAUGUCGCUCAAUUUCAUUUCCAUUCUCCUGCUGAGCAUUUAAUUAAUGGCAAUCGGCAUGAUUUAGAGCUACAUAUUGUCCAUAAGGAAAAAGAACAUUCUAAUUUGCUAGUUAUAGGGAUUCUUUUUAAAAAUGAUGGAAAGCGAAAUGCAUUUAUCGACACUGUGAUGGAGAGCACUGAGCAUAAAACUGAGAUUGAUCUAUAUCAAAUCAUAGAAAAGGACAUGGGCUUAUACUACUACGAAGGCUCACUUACAACUCCGCCGCUGUUUGAGACAGUGCUAUGGUUUGUUAGCUCUAGGGUAAAUUCAUUAAGUGCUGAUCAGCUCGAUUUCUUUGCAAGGAGGUGGCUGAAGAAUCCUGAAUUUGUAGGGGGUAAAGGAAAUUACAGGGAAGCCCAACCCUUGAAUGACAGAUCAAUAGUCUAUUUUAAUUAA